GCACUUGCGCCCUGCGCUCUGCGACCUCGUGUAAAGCAACACCGCGAAGUAGCGAAGCGGCCACCACCAAAUGGUGAACCCAACACGACGAUGUGUCCCAUAGCAGCGCGCGACGAGGCCGCCACCCGCAGAACUGCGAAGCCCAGCGCACCGCAAAAAGGCCGACCAGGCAGCACUGCGUUCAGGGGUGUGUGUGCAAAAUGUUUGUCAACAAAAAACUCUUCAGCUUUUACAAAAACAACACCUUUGCCUUUUGCCUGGGAAGCACAUGGUUCCUACUCAUAAACAGCGGCCUGCUGUUCACCGCAAAGUACUUUAACAAUUUUGAAAGUCGUCACUCCUACAUCGAGGACGCAGUCAGCGUUCUAAGGGUGUACCUGAAUUAUGCAGAUAUUGCUAGCGUGAAAAUUUUAAAAAAAAAGGGGAACAUAGAUUCAUCAAAUGAAAGGGCAAAGUGUGAACUGCUUUUGUCCCAUAAGGGGGAGCAUAUUUACCUGCAUGUGAACGCUGUAAAAAAUGACAAGGCAAAAAAGGGAUACGCGAACUCAGACGAACUGGACGAUGAAGAAGGCAAAGACAUUUCGGACUAUAUAGAAAAUCCUUACUUAAUAAAAAAGGAAAUAAAGCUCCUUCUACAGAGGCUACGAUCAUUCAUUUCAUCGUUUACCUCAAGCGGGGGUGACGCAGAUAAGGGGCAAUCUGACCAACACGGUCAAGCAAACGAAACAGGAGCAGACAACGCAUUACAGCGUGAUGAUGAAGUACCGAACAAACACGUGGACAUGUUAAACAUCAUUGGGAAGGGGAAAAAAUGGAAAAUUAACAACAUAAUGAUGGUUAAAAAAGAAAAGUUAACAAACGAGCUGCAGAAAAAUGGGGAAAAUAAAUCCCUACUAAACCGCGUAAACCAUUUGGUGAAUAAUUUUUUCCAUUACAAAUACGAAAUACAUGCCGUGCAUGGCCAUCCUGCACACAAUUCGUACUUUUACAAGUAUGACCAGAAAAAAAAAACAUUUAGCCAAAAGCAAAAAAAUCUGGGGAAAUUCCUCUUUUGCGCAUUCCUCCUAUCUACCCUCCUCGCCAUUAAAAGAAUUUACAUUUACACAAAUUCCUAUUUUGGUUUAAAUUUCGUCAAACAGUUUGUGCUAAGUAAUGACCAGCUGUACAAAAUUAUGGGGAACAGUCCAAUUCAAAUUUUGAGCAUAUCUGGAGUACAUGAAAAAAAUUACCUGAACAGCAAGGUGUUUAUUCAGGCCUUGGACAAACAGGGCGUCGUUCAAAUGACGGCCACCAGGGGCAAAAUGGACAAGGGGUUUUUCAUCCUCCACGCGAAGCUGCUGCUGGGCAGUCAGACGAUCGAGUUGCGCAGGGGGGACUCCCGCGCGGGAAGCAUCCAUUAG